UUUGUUUCUCCUAAUUCGUGUUGGAAUGGUUUUGUAAUCCUACUUUAAUUUGGUUUCUAGUAUUAUAAAUACAUAUUUUUGGUAAGGAAAAUUAUUUCACUUUAUAAAUAAAGUAUGUUCCUAUUUUACCCAUAAUUAAAUCACAAUAUUUUUGUAUUCAAUUAGGGGUUGUGGUAUAGGGUACAAAUGGCCGAUCAAUCCAUACGGGAAAACGCAGCACCGGAUUGGGAAUGUGUGUACUCUUACGAAGAGAAAAGGCUAAAAACACUUGUCGACGAAGAUGGAGAGUGGGAGAAAAAACAUCAUUUGUGGGAAAUACAAAACGGUUUAGUACCAAUAUAUGAUGAGGUGUUCACACCCGAGGAAAGAGAACUGGAAGAAAAGAGGAAGAGGAAAAGAGAAAUUCUAUCGGCAUUGGAAUUGGGUCACAAGAGGAGGAUCAGAAGACACAAGAAGAGGCAUUCUAUAAGAGGUUACGAGAGCUCCAUAUUAAACCUUUAACGGAGGAGAAGAAAAAACUAAAACAGUCAUACUUGGACGAUCUGGAAAAAGUACGCCUCGUGUUUUGACAUUGAUGACUACUUCGAUGGGAGAUUACAUCCAUUACGGCCAUUUAAGGAAAUAGGCGCAGGCAAGGCUGAAAUUAUAAUGGAAUUGGCAAACCAUGCUAUCCAAGAAUAUAACGAGAAAGAGAGCAAUGUUUUCAAGUACAGCGUUUUGAAGAUUGAAAAAGUGAAUUGUUCUAUAGCAUUGUAUGAUACGUAUUGGAUGACCGUCAUAGUAACUAAUCUCAUUCUUGUUACUCCUAUUGAAACUUUUCAAAUCCAUGCUGCAUUUACUAGCUUCAAUGAUGAUAGUAAGGUCUAUUGUUGCGGGCCUAAAGAAGAGCCUAUUAUUGGUUUGCCUAGCUGCGAGUUUUGCUUUGGCCUGCUGCCAGAAGGGCGUGUCAUGGGAGGACGGGGACCGUAGUUAUUUAAAUUUCUACCAUUUGAGAUUUCAUUAUUAUUGUUGAAGGUACUUGUUAUAGUUGGUCUUGGUUGGGAUAGUCUCCAUCUUUUGUAAAUUAAGACGUGCUUUAGUUUGAGUAUUCCAUUGUAUCCUGUUUAUUCC